UCAAACAAAUCGCCUAAGAGUCAUUCAUCAUUGCAACGGCACAUUCCUUCCUUGGGAGAAAACAGUUGUCUUCCAUCUGCAGGUGGAGACAGCGCGCUGUUAUCGCGAGAUCUGGAGGAAUUCCCGGAGCUCCUUUUCCAUUCCCUCUCGCUCCGUUAGAAAAGAAGAAAAUAAACGCACCGCGGCUAACCGGGCUGGUUAUGGAACGGAACCGCACUGUGCUCUCCGCCACGGCUGAAUAGGUCGUUUGUCUGGACGCGGGACCUCUGUCGGGAGAAAGAGGCAGAUUUUAAACCGAUCCUUUUUUAUUUUAAGUGGAGUUGAAGACGGGAAGCUGGAAAGGAUUUUGUCAGCAAGCGGAUCUGCGUGCUAGCCGAGCGCUAGCCGCUGCGUAGCCGAGGGGCUCUCGAUGAACUUCGCGUGGAGCGACUACUGCGGAUGGGGUAGCAGCCCACAAGCUUCGCCGUGGGCCCUUUCCUUUCCACCGGAGGGGUUUCUGCCCCGUGGACGCGCUGCAUCCUAGGCUGUAUGCAGUAGUGGGUCAAAUGUUGAAUUUGACGGUGAACUCCUCGUCUCCCAAAUUGAUGUUUUCCUGACUAGCUAACAGGAUAUUAGCCGCCUCCCUACAACUUGGCUUUGUGGUCGCAGGCCACGCACCGAGAGGCUGUUAUUGAUGACGGACUGAGGGGGAAAUCUGGCGGAACGGAGGCGACGCUUCACGGGGAUGCAGCUCUGAAAGAAAGUGGUGCCGAAAACUUUAGCCCCUCCGUUGCAAGCGGACAAUGUGUCGAAGUGUGUUUUCCAGGCGGCGAUAGCGGACACGUAGAGAGGCAAAGAUCCGGAUUACACCCCCUGCAAAAAACCACCAACGAUGUCCGCCGCAAAGGAGAACCCGUGCAGAAAGUUCCAGGCGAACUUCUUCAACAAAAGCAAAUGUCAGAACUGCUUCAAGCCUCGGGAGCUGCAUCUGCUGACGGACCAGGACCUGACGCAGGCUAAACCCAUAUAUGCUGGAUGGCUGUGCUUGGCUCCUGAGGGAACAGACUUUGAUAAUCCAAUGCAGAGAUCUCGGAAAUGGCAACGGAGGUUCUUUGUACUGUAUGAACAUGGUUGUCUGCGCUUUGCACUGGAUGAGUCGCCAAGCACACUGCCUCAGGGCACAGUGAACAUGAACCACUGCACAGAUGUCAUCGACGCAGAGCCCAAAACAGGCCAGAAGAACUCGCUGUGCAUCAUCACCCCUGAACAGGAGUACUUCAUCAGAGGAGAGAGUAAAGAAAUCGUCAACGGAUGGAGUGAACAGCUGAUUGUUUAUCCCCGGACCAACAAGCAGAACCAGAAGAAAAAACGUAAAGUGGAGCCUACAACCUCCCAGGAACCAGGACCUGCCAAGGUAGCUGUGACUGGUUCUGGGAUCCCCGAAGCAGAAAAGGUCCCUGACUCAAGUUCUAUCAUUUGGCAAGAGGAGUUAAAUCAGAGAGAGGCUGAGGGGGGAACAGUCUGGACUGCUGCUGACCAGCCUUCAGGGUCACCACUGCCCCCUACAGGGGACGUGGGGUCUGUUGGUCCCAGCUCCGAUGCAGGCUCUGUGAAUGGGGACAAUGUAGACUGGAGCAGCCAACCGCUGCUUGGCUCUGCACCUCAAGCCCCCGGGGAUCUCCUCUCCCCAACAGGCUCCUGCUCCAGCUUGGGUGGGGUGCCGCGCUGCCCGUCUCCUGUGCCCAGCGACCCCUUUCCCUCAGGAAGCUCUCUGCUGUCCAACGGCUCUCACAUCAGCGGUUCCGUCAGCUCUCUGGACUCUGAUGCCAGUGGCAGUACGGUCACCAGCAACGACAGCCACCAACCAAGCCACCGGGUCGGACAUCAUGACACAACGCGGGCCCGCCGCAUGGAGGCGGAGGCCAGAAAGGCUGAGAAGAGAGGCCGGUUCAGAAGUCCUGAAAGGCAGGAUAGAGAGGCGGUCUUCAGCCCUGAAAGGAGUCGCUCUGGUGUCAUUGAAAAGUUGGAGGCUUUGGAGCUGGAAAACCCUGAGAAGAUGGAGGUUGAAGAGGCGGGAAGAGGCGGCGGCAGACAGGGCCGCAGCGAGUAUAGGAGUUACAGACAGGAGCUGAGGCAGGACCCAGAUCCAGGUUUGGACUUUCCCUCCAGGCUGCCCCCCCUGAGAAGAGCCAAGUCUUUGGAUCGAAGGACCACAGAGUCUGUCAUGACGCCAGAUUUGCUCAACUUCAAGAAAGGAUGGAUGGUAAAACUGGAUGAGCAAGGCCAGUGGAAGAAGUAUUGGUUUGUGCUGACUGACCACAGUCUGAGAUAUUACAAGGAUUCAAUCGCAGAGGAGGCCUCUGACUUGGAUGGGGAGAUUGACCUGUCAACCUGCUACAGUGUCACAGAGUAUCAAGCUCAACGAAACUAUGGUUUUCAGAUUCAUACUUUGGAUGGAGUUCACACUCUCUCAGCGAUGACAGCAGGAAUCCGCAGGAAUUGGAUCCAGGCAGUAAUGAAGAAUGUCAGACCCUCCACUGCCCCUGAUGUGGCCAGCUCGACUGAAGAUCACGGAUCUUUUACUCCGUUGGAGGGUCUGGUUAGACCGGAUGUAGCUCAGGACUUGGCCUCUUCAGAGGCGUCUUCUGUGGCCAGAGAACCUGCAGCAGGAGUCGCGCGGAGCCGAGCUCGGGAACGCAGACGAGAAGGCCGCUCAAAGACAUUCGACUGGGCCGAGUUCCGACCCAUCGCCCAGGCUCUGGCUCAGCAGCGAGCGCAGGAGGCUGAGGGCCUCCAGGCAGAUGCCAGCGAGCCGGAGCGAAGUCGCAGGAGAGAAGAGCGGCGCAAAAGGUACGAGUCUGUGACCAGCUCAGAGCACAGAUCCAGCACAGAAGGAGGGAGCGUCCCAGACUCCCUGUCCCCCAUCUCUCUGGAGAGGCAGCAGAGGGUAGAGGAGGUGAUAGAGGAGCACUGGCGACAGGUGGAGAAGACGCCCAUCCGAGAGGAGAGGAGGGUUCCUCUCGCCAGCACAACGCCGGCGACCAGAGACACGGCAGAGCUGGAGCUCCUGCUGGACAGCUACAAACAGGGGAUAAAGGAGCUGAAGGCCCAGCUGGAGAGCUGCCAUCAGCAGCUGCUGCACUCCAACAAGCACAAGCAGGAGCUGGAGUUCCAGCUGAGGACGGCUCUGGAGAGAGAGCAGCACGUCCGCUCCGGCUACAUAUCUCCGCUGGAGCAUCCUUUGGGUCUGGAGGCCGAUGUGGCGCCCCAGAUGAAGAGCCCCCAACCGGUUAGUUCCCAAGCACAGAGUUUAACCAAGAAGUACCAGGAGACCAAAGAGCUCCUGAAGCUGCAGGAGCUGAAAAAGCGUAACAUGCAGGCACAGCUUCGCCUCUCGCUUUCUCACUCCUCCCUCAAGGACGCCGACUUUUCGGAGCAACAAGAAGCAGCCCUCCUGGAGGGCAUUCCCUCUGAACCCAUCCAGAAGACGGUGUCCUUGCUGCUCCAGGACAGCCCCGAGGCCAUUCAGGAACUGGAAGAGCUUGCAGCAGAGAAACCCUUGACUGUAAGGGAGUUAGGAAAACUCUUGAAAUGUCACAGCACAGAAAAACAUCAACUUCAGGAGCUUUUGGAGACGUGGAAGUGCAAACAGGAGGUAGAAAAUGAACUAAUGAGGAGCUUAGCUAGAGCUGGAGAGAGCAUACGCGAAUAUGAAGCACGUCUUCUGAACAUGGAGGAUGCAAUGGAAAAGGUCAAGAGGCAAAGCUCUGAGAGUCAGAGUAGACCUCACAGCUCCUCAUCCAAAGUGGAGGACCCCUCAGACAUGAAGGGAGCCGCCGUCGGCUGGCUGUCUCAGAAAGCUGAACUUCUAACAGAGGAAAACGGAGCUCUGAAACAGCGAUGUCAGGAAAUCAUGAACCAGCUGACGGAGGCCGACAGAGAAAUAGACAGACUGAAAGCUGAACUCAGCAGCCAGCAUCACCCCAUGGCGGAGCAGCUGAAGAAGCUGAAGGCUGAACUGGCCGAGAACCAAGCCAGUGUCAUCGAUCGGGAAUAUUAUGAGCGGGAGCUGAAUGAAAAGUCCCUGCGGCUCCAUGAAGCGCUGGUUACCUUGGAAGAACUGGGCAGCACCCUUGCAGACACUGAGAAGAAGCUACAACUGAAAGAGGCCACUUUGAUAGGUUUGGGCUUCCAGGUAGAUUAUUACGACAAGGAGGCGUUCCCACAGAAGGAGCAGCUCACACAGCUGCCGGAAAGCUCACAAACAACGUUUCUGGAGACCAAGGAGAGCCUCCAGGCCGCAGAGCAGCACUGCGUGGAGCUGGAGGCUAGGAAUCGAGAACUAGGUGCACUCAAUCAGGACAUUGAACACGUCAGCAAGCAAAGAGUACUGGAAGUUGAACAGGAAGUAAAGAGGCUGCGGUGCGCGUUAGAGGCAAAUAUGGGCAAAGAUGAACAGGAAAGGACUGAUGGGAAGAGGUCGGACGCAGGACCAAAGCAGGUUGACCACAGGGGACCUUUGGAGGAAGUAGUGGGGAACCUGGAGAGGACAUGUGAGGCAAUAAGCCAGGUUGUGGAGAUGUUAGCGGAGGUAAAUACAAAUGUAGAAGACAUGUUCAGCCGUCUGAAAAGGGCUUUGAGUGAGUCUCACGAAAACCCACUGUGCUUGAGUGAGGUAGACAUGAUAUCAGUGCUAGAAUGGGAGUUCUGGAGCCAGCUGCAGAGCAUCCCUGGAUCAGAAACAAACCGCUGUGAGGCCUGGUUGGCAGAGCGGAUCCUGGCUCUGCAGAGUCUGCUGCUCCUCAAGACCCCAGUUUGUUUUCCAGCCCAAACUCAAAGUGAGCCAGCGGCAGCUUUUGCCUCGGCGUACAGCUGCAUGGAUGAGGAAACGCACGCUCAGGUUCUUAAACAGUUAACUCAGACUUUGGGGGUAAAGUUUCGUCAUUUGAAACAGAUUGUUUCCAGCCUGAAGUCUGACAGAGAUGACAAAGUCCUGUCCUUGGCUUUUGAGGGCUUCGGCCCCGAGCGACAUCAGGAACAGCCGGCAGACUAUCUUCAGGUUUCUCUGAAAGAAGCCUGCUUCUCUUAUGUCAUCAUAAGACUACAAGGCUGGCCUAAAAAAGAGCUGCAACAUGCAGACGACCCUCAACUCUCAGAAACCUCUACAGACGGUGUCCUGGAGCCAGGGACUGAAGGAGAGCUGAAGGACUCUGUGGACGGAGCCACAGAGCUCUCCGGCGUAGUGGGCAGGCUCAGACAGGACCUACUCACCGUCACAUCCAGCUACCAGCAGGAAACCCAAGAGCUGAAGAAGCAGCUCGCUCAGACCAACCAAGAGCUGCACCUCCAGGCAGAGGAGAGCCGUGAAAGAAUCGACUCCCUCACAGGCUGCAUGGAGAGCCUGAAGCAGCAGCAUGAGGCGGAGAGGAGGAAGCUCACCGAGCAGUUUGACCGAGAAAUGGAAGAGCUGAGGAGCAUGAUGAGUCCCGCUUGGAACGGGACAGACCGGCCCACUGCACCGCUGCAGGCCUCAGCCCCAACAGCAUCCACCCUGAGGGAGCGCAUCCAGGAGCUGCUGACCCAGCUGUCCGUCAUGACGGAGGAGACGAGGCGGCGGGAGGAGCUGGGAGACGUCGCCACGCUGCGCUUGAAAUACGAGCGAGACCUGGAAAACCUAAAGGCCACCUGUGAGAGAGGCUUUGCUGCUAUGGAGGAAUCACAUCAGAAGGUGAUUGACGAGCUGCAGAGGAAGCACCAGCGGGAGCUGGAAAACCUGCAGGAGGAGAAGGACCGGCUGCUGGCAGAGGAGACGGCCGCCACCAUCGCUGCCAUAGAAGCCAUGAAGAACGCUCACCGGUCGGAGCUGGAGAAGGAGCUGGAGAAGGCGCGCAAGGCCAGCAGCAACACGGAGAACGCAGACAUCGAGGGGAUCCGCAGGCAGCACGAGGAGGAGCUGUGCUCUUUCCAUCGGGAGAUCGAGGUCUUGUCGGAGCAGUACUCUCAGAAGUGCCUGGAAAACGCCCACCUGGCCCAGGCGCUGGAGGCGGAGAGACAGGCCCUCAGGCAGUGUCAGAGAGAGAACCAGGAGCUCAACUCGCACAACCAGGAGCUGAACAACCGCCUGGCGGCAGAAAUCACCAAAAUGCGCUCCAUGACGUCUGAGGACGGAGCAGGAGACCCCGGCGCCACCAUCCAGGGCAAAGAGCUGUACGAGCUGGAGGUGAUGCUGAGGGUGAAGGAGUCUGAGGUCCAGUAUCUGAAGCAGGAGAUCAACUCCCUGAAAGAAGAACUGCAGGCUGCCCAAAGAGACAAGAAGUAUGCAGCAGACAAAUACAAGGACAUCUACACCGAGCUGAGCAUCGUCAAGGCCAAGGCGGAGUGCGACGUGGGCCGGCUCAGAGACCAGCUGCAGCUGGCCCACGAGGCGCUGGGCGACCCGUCCGCGGACGACGCCGACAGAGGCGGCUACGAUAUCAUGAAGUCCAAGAGUAACCCUGACAUCCUGAAGAUGGCAGCUGCUGCAGCCAAGCGCUCCGAGCGCACCAUGAGAUCCAAGUCUGUGAGUCGUGACAUGCCCUGGGACAGUUAGGGCAGCUGAGGACGGGUAGGCCUCCUCCCCUCUCCUUUAGAGUCUGAAGGAAGGGCUGACGGCGGAGCAGAGGCUUCACCUGUUCGACAACAAAGACACUAAGGAGUUCUGAUCCGGUGCACGGCGUUUGCUGCAUGCUUACAUUCCCACUGUGUUUCAGUUCUGUAUUUAGUAAAGCCACACACUGGUCACCAAACGCAGCUCAUGUUAUGGAGGAACAUGGCAAGUGUCAGUUUCAUGCUAGAGUUUGCAUUCCAUUCACUUCAAUUAACUGUGACUUUCUUUGAUCUUACUGUAAAUAGUUUUUAACGUGGGCGUCGGCCUCGCAUACACUAAAACUGACUGUGUAAGCUACUGUUUUAACCAUCCUAACUGUUGUUGGCCAAAGACACCAGCCGGAUGUUCUGUGGCGCAGACGAAGUAACCGUUGAGUAUCUGACCCAUAGGAAGUAGUCUGUAGCGCUAAUGCUAAUCCCAAACACAAAGUGCUCAUUAUCAAAGCAAAAACCUCUGCUUUUGUGGCUUCACACGACUCGGACGAGAAGAAGCGUUGGGAAGGCGACCGCCACAUGCUUUUGAGCAAAGCUCGCCGACAUCACGUCAAUGAAAGGUUGUCGGCUUUUACUUCUCUGCCGUCGUGGCUCCAGCUGGAACGGACUUGUUUUUGUCGUUUGGUUCAGUGCAGUCCCUUUGUAUUUAUUUAAAGGUUGGGGUUUUCUUUAACCUUCCCAGUCCUCUGUACUCUUGUUUUUGUAAAUAUGAAGCAGAUAUACACCAACUGGUUUAUUAGCAAUAAAUAUUUUUGCACCCUU